AAACAAUUCACAUCUCCCGCUGUUCCACAACACACACCUCGUACCCAUAUAAACUCACACGAACUCAUCUCAACUCACUACACAGUUCUUGUAAUAACAGCAGCCAACACUUUAUUAGUUCAGACAGACUCGUAGUAACCUAGUUCAAUGGCUAGAAAAUCAACUUCCACAGCUGCUGUAUCAGAGGAGAACAAACUGCAGGAGAAAACAAAACAGAGAACAACAAACCCCGGUGUUCGAGUCAUUCAUAACAAGAUUUAUGAUUCCGAAAGGGGCAAAACUUGUCACCAGUGUCGUCAGAAAACUAUGAGCUUUGCUGCUGGCUGCAAAAACCAGAACAACAACAAGCCUUGCACGAUGGUGUUUUGUCAUAAAUGUCUGUUGAAUAGAUACGGAGAAAAUGCGGAAGAAGUUGAAGGGUUGGAGGAAUGGAGCUGCCCAAAGUGCAGAGGCAUCUGCAAUUGCAGUUUUUGCAGGAAAAAACAAGGUCAACUACCGACAGGUAUACUGUGCCAUGUAGCCAAGGCAACUGGAUAUUCCUCUGUUUCUGAUCUUCUCCAUGCCAAAAGUCCUGAAAACUCUGCUCUUUCAAAGAAUGUAAGUGAUACUGGCGCUUCACCAAAAAAUCAGAGUGCUUCAAAAAAAGAGAUUUCUUCACCAAGAAAGAAAGAAAAGGAAAAUCUAUUUGAUGGAAGGUUAGAUAUCAAUUUGGAAUCUCCGACUUCCUCUGUGGGUGUGUCCAGAAUUACUAGGUCAAAAAAGUCAGGAAUGAUGCAAGGCGAAAGUCUUGAAAAUGAUAGCUUGUCAGAAUGUUAUUCUUGUCCUGAUAAGGAACCUAAGAAAACAAAGCAGAAAACAUCGAAGAUGUUGUAUGCUGGUCAAAAAGAUUCUGCUGCUCUGAGAGGAUGUGUUUCUAGUACCCCACUGAAAAACAGUCCUAGUAAACUCCGGGUUCCCGAUGUAAGCAAGCAUUAUGAAGUAAAACCAGAUGAAAUGGUUGAUGUUUUUGAAGUGGGAGAUAGUUGUAUGACAAAAGUUUCUGCAGACGUCCCUGCUGAUUCUUAUAAAAGCAAAAAGAGAAAUGCGGAUAUUGACUCUGAAAAACCAGAUAAUAAGAAAGUUAAAAAAGAACUAAAGCCUGAAAUAGUUAAGGGAAGCAUGAAUUGGUUGCAGUUUCAAAGCCAAGAUCUAGGUGCUGACUUGCCGGUUGGAACGGAAUUAACAACUGUUGGUGAUGUCAAAUUGCCACUAAAAGAUGUUGGUAAUGCCUUGCAGUUCUUAGAAUUCUGUGCAGCAUUUGGACAGACUUUGGAUAUGAAGAAAGGGCAAUCAAUUAGCAUACUUCAAGAGUUGAUGAAUGCAGAGAGUAGGAAACAUCGGAAAUUAGAGCACCACUCGGCUGUUGUCCGUUUCCACAUUCAAUUGUUGUCAUUGUUGCAGGAGGAGUCUGAGUCAAGGCCUAAAAAACUUAGUACUUCCAAUGGAAAAAAUUCUUGGUUGCUUGCUUUGAAGAAAUGUUUAUCUGAAUCCACGCAUGCAAUAGAAUCACUUAAUAUUGAUUGUCUAGAUAGAGAAGCUGGUGGAUACUAUUCUCUAGACUCCUCCACAAAGCUCAGAGUACUAAUUUUUUUAUGUGAUGAAGUCCUUGAAACUGUAAGAAUAAGGGAUUGGAUUAAUGAUCAGGAAUCAAAGUUUUCUAAAACAGCAAAACCAGUAAAGGCAAAAAUUAUUGCUGAAAAAGACAAGGACAAGAGCUUGAAGCAGAAAAUUAUGAAUGAACUUGCCCAAGCAAUCAUUGCUAAAGAUGGUGCUUCGCUUUCAAUCUCUGAGCAUGAUGAGAUUGUCCGUCGAAUUAAAAGUGAAGCAGCUCAAGCUCACAAAGAAAUGCGAGGAUCAAUGAGUGUGGGGCCAAAAACCAAAGAAAGAGCGAAAGCUGUUAGAACAGAGCCAAUGUUUCUGGAUGUUGAUGGUCAUGCCUUCUGGAGGCUAGAUGGUUAUUCUGAAGAAUCUAACAUCCUUGUUCAAGAUAUUGGAAAUGGGGAUGAUUCAGUUGUCUUUGGUGAAAAAUGGACUACCUUUAAUGAUGAGCAGGAGAAGAUGGUUGAAAAAUAUAUUUCUUUCAGGGAAAAAAUGGUAAGAGAUCAACCAGUUGCUGAGGUACCUCCAUCUGACUAAUGUUUACGGCUCACCCUUUGUAUGCAUUGCCAUCGAUUCCAGUAAAGUUAAGAGGGGAGAUAUGGAAAGUUUUUGUGGAUUUGUGACAACUUAAGAUUAAGAUGGCUAUAUUUAUCUUGGCUCUUUCGGAGGCUUAUAUGUGCUAGUGUAAUCUAGCUUGUUUGCAGCUAUUUUGUGUUUUCUAUUUCCCUUCAUUUAUUUUAAAUAGUGCUGGUUUUGAGGGGAAAUAGCUGCUGCACUAAUUAUAUGUAUGAAACCUAAAUUAUUUAUUCUGAAAUGAGAAUUGCAACUCUUUUGAUGAUAUAGAA